AUGUUUAGGGAUGUUGCAGCAACUGGAGAAGCUGCAUGGACCUCUUCUUCAAAUACACUCCUUCCAACAAUGCCACAAGAGGGUGCUGGUGAUUCGGAUGGUAGCUCCGAAUUUAAGGAUAAUCAAUGUGACAUGAGUUUAGACAUUGAUAGUUUGCAACAAGGACAUACUAGUCAAUCACGUAGUUCAGGACUUAAGCGAACUAGUGAAUCAAUACCCUCACAGAAGAAAAAGAAGAAGAUAGGAGGAGCUGCAAUGUUGGACAAUCGUAUUAGUGAAUUCAUAACUGUAUGUAAGAAUAAGUCUGAAGGUACUUCUCGAGAGUCACCAAGUUCAGUUGAUAAUGUCAUGGCGAUUGUGAGAGCACUUCCUGGAGUGGAUAGUAGGUUUGUGGUUCAAGCUUCCUUAGUGUUACUAAAAAAGAUACAUAGGGAUAUGUUUCUAACUUUCAAGGAGCCAGAGUUACAGUUGGCGUACCUACAAGAAUUGAUUUCUUUGAAGCAAAAGAAGUGA